GAACGGGUCUCAUAAAGGCUGUCAUCUCACCCGCAAGGUCGCCGACUCUGAGGAUCCUGGUUGAAGCGGGCACAGGUGUGACGGACCAUGGAUAGACCCAGCCUGAAGCAGCUUGCUUUGGACGGAGAAGCUGCAGGCGGGAACAUCAUCUACUCCCUACCAGACAAGCAUAACCGCAUCGCUAUCCGGAGGCCUCGCGCUCGGACGACGGUCAACGACCUUCCGCACGACGUUCUCCUGAGCAUCCUCCGCGACGUCCAUAGGGCUACACUACGUCCCUUCAAUCACAUGGCCGACAUGGGAUUCGAACGCGAGAGCAACUACCAACCAGAACUCGAUCCCCCAGCUCCGUACCACUCUCGAUUAUCCCCAUGUUCGCAACACUCCGUCGAGCACAUCGCAUCCGUCUCUCCCCACUGGCUCGAAGCAAUGUCGAACAGCUCCGAGUUCUGGACGCAGCUCGUCAUCUGGACUGGACGCGAUGCCACACCGCUUUCGAUGGUCCGCAAGUACCUCGCGGGGUCGCGAGACAAGCCCCUCUCGAUCCACGUCUGGCGGAGGUACGACCCUUGCGUGGAAGACCGAACGGAAAAGGCACAUGUGAAGGCGAUUGUCGAGCUGCUCGUACCACACAUGAAGCGAACAAAGCUCCUAUGCAUGCAUCUCCUCCACUCGAGCUCCCUCCCACUACCACACACGGACCUUGUCGGGCGCGCGGAGAACCUGGUCCAACUCAAACUCGAGUUCAUCUUUGACGACGCGGUCGCACGUCCCGCACCGCUUCCGCCGUCCGAACGCACGUUCGAUACGCCCGCGCUCCUACAGCUCUCCAUUGGCGGCGUGCACUUCCGCGAAGCGUACGUGGCACCGGUACCCCGGCCGCUGUUUCCCCCCAAGCUUCGGUGGAUUACCAUCACAGAUUAUACCUCGGACCAAGUGCCAUUUCCCGCCGUUGCUCUCCUAGAGACUCUCACGGUCCCGGAUGGCUGUCCGCGACGAUACACUGGCAACCUGAGAGCAAACCUCACCAACCUCCAGCUCGACAGCUACUCUGACGCGGAUCCUCCUCGCCUGAAUGGCCAGAACAUCGACUGGUACUUCACAGACAUGUCUGGCGAUGUCAUCGCACAUCUCAGCUCCCACCUCGACUACCCUUCCGUUGAGACGCUGUCCUACACGCGCUGCACAACCUCUACCUAUAACCAUCCUACCCUCUGCAACUCGUACUAUCUCACGCUUGAGGGCAUCCCAGACUCGGCUACGCUGAGAUACUACAUGUUCGGCAACUUUAUAUCGAUUCGUGACUGCGACGGCUUCAAUUCUGAAGUGCUCCGUGCGCUUGCAAGGCCAGUCUCAGGGCCCUACUCCAACGCGGAAUCAUGGGUGUGCCCGGAAAUGGAUGCGCUAAGCAUCUCCGGGUGCAAGCGGUUUCACAGCUCAGAGCUGAGGGCUGCCCUCGAGGCGCGCCGCAGAAGGCAUGAGGAGACAGGCUUUGCGGAGGUGGAAGACUUUUACAGGGGGUACAUGUUGCUCUCGGUGACGCACCUCUAUGUCCGGGAUUGCGGCGAGUUGGCUGCGGAGGACAGGGAGUGGUUCGACAAUAAUGUGGAAGAAGUGCAUUGGGAUGACUGGUACGGGGGCACAGGUGAUGAUGAUGCUGAUGAUGAUGAUGAUGAAGAAGAAUUCUGA